CCCAAUGGUGACGACUCUUGUACCAUAUCCAUAUCCAUCUGUACAAUACGCCUUUCCGCGUGGUUGUCGAUCAUGGAGUCCCUUUCCGUGAUCCUCUCAUCGUCGUCUCCACCUCUUCUCCAAACCCACUCUAAACCCCUCAAAUCCGCCAUACUAGCACCCACCUCGAACUCCACUCAUUUUCGAUUCCCCUCCCACUCCAGAAAGUCGUAUCUUUCCUUCACCGCAAUUCACCUCUUCUCCCCUUCUCUCCCUUCCCUCGCCGCCGAUACUCCGGCCGACCACGAAACUUCCGGUACUCCCGUUCAUCCCUUCCUCCGCCGAGCAGGAACUUUUGUCCAAUGUGACCGACGCGAAGCAGUCCAUCCUUCGUGAAAAAUCUGCCAAUCAAUCGCUGAUUUUCUCCUGAUCCGCUUACCGCCCUUAAUUGGGUCAGUCAGCCCGCAUCGCCAACAAAAAUCUGCAAAGUCCUCGCCUUUUUGGGUCACAAGCCUCUCUCCUAUGGAUUUGGUAAUCUAAUCCCUCAGAUUCCUUCAUCCCCUUCUCAUGAUUUUGUGUCAUAGCUCAAUGAACAAGUUGGCCGAACCGAUAUAUCAUCCGUGCGAUCGACUUGUUUGAAUUGAAUCAAGUGGGUCGGAUGGAAAGUGGCGGUAAGAGCAAGUGCAUCAUCGGCGGCGGCGUGGACACUCUGACUCCAACUCCGAUGACGUCGACAAUCCAGGAUCUUCCGGACAGCAUAUUGAUCAACAUAAUUAGUCGGCUGCGCAUGAAAUCUGCAAAAAGAUGCACCGCGGUGUGCAAGGCCUGGUACAGGCUUAUGAAGGACGAAGCAACAUCGCGCUACAUGGAAAGUUGCUACGCCGACAGCGGCAGCUUCGCUCUGUUGAGCACCUGGCCAGACUGCAAUAAAGCCAAUUUGGCCUACUUGGUGGCUCUAGUGUCUUCUUCUGAAGAAGAUACGGUAGGAUGUCCCCAACUGGUCAUUGGGGGAUCAGCCAUCGUGGUCGGUUGCUGCAACGACGUGCUACUUUGCCAGGGCAAUGAAUCUAAUUACUUCGUCUGGGAGCCCCUCGGCGGGAAUGAUAACUGGGUUCCACUCCCACCUCUACAACAUCGAUGGAUGGAGAGUUUCCUGUGUGGAAUUGCUGCCCAUUCAGAUGGUAGCUUUACUGUGAUUCAUAUUGCAGACUGCAUCAGGCGGCGACCAGCUCAUCGUCUGUCAGUGCAGACGUUUAGCAAUCACAAGCACAACUGGGUUUGGAAAGAAGAACAAAUGUUUUUGCCCCCAGGCCGAGUAUUUAAGUGGGAGUCCACAUGUUAUCCUCAAGGAGUUAUGUACAAGGGAUUCAUGUUUUGGCUCGGCGAGACACGCUUCCUCUUUGGAGUUGCUGAUCCAUAUCAUUCGGCUGAUGGUGAUAGUUGUUCUACGUCUUGUGUGCCUCUACUCAUUGAUCUGCCCCCAAAUUUUAAGUACAUAAAGAAUGAAUGCCUGGAAACAUGGAGAGGAAACUUGACCAUACUCCAAAUGUCAACUUGGCCCAGUUCAGUUGGCAUUUGGAUUCUACAUGAUGAUGACCAUCGAUGGUCAUUGCAUAAGCAAGUUUCUCUCUACCGCGUCUUUCAACAACUGCCUCUGGAUGAGGAUGAUGUUCCAUUGGGUCAGCGGCGUGUGGAACUUCUUGGCAGCCAUCCUUACGACCACAACAUCAUCUAUUUUAGAGUCUGGAGGACUGUGCUUUCCUUGGAUUUUUCCACCAUGGCUCUUCAACAGCUCCUAUAGCUGCUGCUGCAAAUACCACUGUUGGGGAUAUGGCUCGGAUCCAGUCGCGCGAGCAAAACGGCCGAACGAACUUCCAGUAAGCAAGGACAUGACCGCAAACGGUGGAAGCAUCAAGCGAUGUCGUUUUGAUCCUGCCCAGGCCGACGUCGUUUCGCCUCGUUCAAAACCAGCGCCAUUUUGGUCUUACCCAAGCCAGUGUCAUUUUGGCCAGCAUAGGAUAGGGAAGGAGAACCGAAAGGAUGGUGCCGCAGCCUAUGAAGGAAGAGUCAUGUCCUCGAUCAGGUCCUAGGAAUGAUUAUGGCCUAAAAGCAUGGCCUAAGUUUCUGACACAUGUAGUAGUCUUAUCGCAUUAAAUACCCACUACUGUAAUGUAUUAUAAAAGGGGCAUUUACUA